UUAUUUCUCUUUCUUUCAUGCUUUAUAAAUUUCUUACAUCUGCUAUCUAUGCCACGACAAACCAUCACCCUACAAAUUAUGCUUGAGAAAAAAUUCAUGUGUGAAUUUAUGUCUGAAUUCAAUAUAGGAGGGGGAAACUCAGUUCCGCGGUAAUAUUCGCGAUGGUAUUUGACAUAUACAUUUUAACUUCCGUCAAAGAUGAACUUCAUUGGAAGGCGGUACUAUAGGCUAAAUAAAUUUCUUCUGCUAUGUCUCGGCUUGUGGCCUUAUCAAACUUCAGUUUGGAAAAAAAUUCAAAUAAUAUUUUUCCAAACAUUAUUCAUAUCCUUUUUAGUAUGCCAGUGCAACACAUUUCUCAUAAAUCAGUACAGCAUCGAUCAUAUCGUCAGAAUUUCUUUGUUCAUUGUUAUUAACUGUAUUUAUAUUAUAAAAUAUAACGCAUGUCUUCUGCUCACCGAUAAUAUCAAAUAUAUUUUCGACAGAGUACAAUAUGAUUGGAAUAUGCUAAAAGCACAGGCAGAAUUGAAAAUGAUACAAAGAUAUGCAAACGAUGCAAAAUUAUAUACGGUUUGUUUUACAAUCCUGAGUCACUUGUGUUUAUUGGGAUUAUUAAUAUUGUAUUGUAUACCAUAUGUAUUCGAUGUGACUAUACCAAUGAAUGAUUCGCAACCGCAAAUAGUGCUAAUUAGAGUAGAAUAUUUCAUUGAUAAAGAAAAAUACUUUUUUGCUAUUUUAACACAUAUUAUUUUAACUCAAUAUGUUGGCUGUAUCACAAUAACGGCUAUCGCAACGAUACUCAUAGCAUAUGUACUACACACAUGUGCUAUGUUUAGAAUCGCCAGCUAUCGAAUAGAACACAUGUUUGACGAAAAUAUACGACAAAUUCCGAAGAACAUUAGAGAACAUAUUCUUUACGAGAAAUUAAUUCAUGCUGUAUACAUUCAUCGCAGAGCUGUGGAUUUAGUCGAUAUCAUGACGAAUAGUUUUGCAACAUUAUAUUUCGUGUUAUUAGGAUUUGGAAUAGCUUCGACGAGUCUCAGUUUUGUUAAUCUUUUUAAUACGAUAGUAUCUUUACAUGAAUUGGAAUUAAUACUAUCCAUCGGCAUUGUAGUACUACAUUUAUAUUAUAUAUUUCUGGGAAAUUAUGUUGGACAGAACAUCAUAGACAAUAGCAUUAGCAUUUGCGAAGCAACUUACAAUAUGCAAUGGUACGCUGCGCCAUUAUGGAUGCAAAAGUUGAUGUUGUUCAUAAUGCAAAGAAGUAACAAAAAGAGUGCUUUAACAGCUGGAGGUUUAUUUGAUGCAUCGUUAGAAGGUUUUGCUACGCUCAUGAGUAUGUCUAUAUCUUACGUUAUGCUCCUUCAAUCCAUGGAGACACACAAGAAAAACGAAGAUGAUAAUAGUCACAUUUAAAGAAUUCAAUUUGCAAUUAUAGAAUGUAUUCAGUAGAUACCAUAUAUCUAUU